AUGGACGAAGCUCAUGUCGCAUUGCCCAACGGACACCUUGUGAAUCUCUCACCACGACCUAUACGCCAGACUUCCUACAAAGCAUACCGUGUCGAGUACAAGCCCUCGACGGAGCUCUCGGCAACACCUCCACCUAGAUACCCGCAAGAAGAAAUACCAACAGGGUAUGUUGUUGCAAGAGGUGCACCGGCGAAUAUAUCUCAAAUGUCAAAAGCUACCAAGCUGCCAGUCCCGAGGUCUUUCUCUGGAAGCCGUAACGAUGAUUCCAGCCAGACGUCUAGUCCCAGAAUUCCUAAACUGACCCCAGCCAGCCAUUCCUUGGGACGGCUCGGUGACCAGCCUAGAUCUGCGGACAAAGGUCAUGAUCCAUACUGGAGGAAGAUCCGAGAAAAAUUGGAGGAGUCGCCGUUGUUACCAAGACGUGUCAGGAGUAAGGAAAGCGACAGAACAGAACCUCCCAGCUCGCCCAUCUCCUACCACCGCAGCAGACUUCCCGCUAGCACUAGCCAAAAUCUGGCAAGCCCCCGGGCAAUCAACGCACCAUCAGGCAUACCAAGUCCAAGCACUGUUAAGAGCAGUGCCGCGCAGGGGAGCAAAAAAAAUGAUCCCACCACUAUUUCUGAGGACAGCCGAAACAGCUGGCGGAAGCAAGGUGACCAAUGGGUCAACAUGGAUGUGGCCGAAACCACACCCCAGAAAUCAGUGAAAACAAACGCGACGACUGAUUCCAGCCCUCGGUCUCAUCCUUCCAUCUCCCCAGUAUCUGCCGAGCACAGUUCUAUCACCGACUGGGAAGAUCGAUUCGUCGUGAACAUGCCAACUGCAAAAGAUCCCAAUCCGCCAACGAUGACGGCACAACAAAUUGCCGAGUAUCAAAGAAGCAUUGAACGAGUACACCGGGCCGGUGGGGAGAUGACAGACCCGGAAACAUUGCCUAGUCGCAACGCGUCUCCCGAGAUCAAAUUCGUGCCUAGCGAACAAAGAACCCAGAGCCCAAGGGCGGCCAACACAUAUGACGGGGCACACGAUGGGCAUCAGAUGCCGAGCUUGCCACGAGACCAACAUCGCCCAUCACCGCAGGCUCUGCAAAAUUCUCAGCCGGAGCAACAUUCACAGCCCCAGCCCACGACUGCGUCGCAACGUCAACUAGCCACCCACUACUAUAGCCCAGAUGAGAUCGGAUAUAAUCGGAUUAGCACAAUUUGGGAGGAAUCUCCCGCAAAAGCGAAGGAAAAAAGACACCCUCAAAAUGCGGAUGGGUCUUUUUUUAGGGUGCAGGGAAAUAUCUGGGGAGAAGAACCCAGACGAAAUCCUCACGUUCGCUUCCCUAGACGAUGCGAGUCUGCAUCCACUCCCAUUGGCCCUGCCUUCCAAGAACAAGCAACAGGCGCCGAAGCAAGUGAGGAAAGUGACGGACCGACAUGCCAUCCAAAGAGUCGAGGAGACCAUAGUCCUCCAAGAAGAGCGACCACAAACUUCUCAGAAUUCGAGACCUGCCCAAUGCUCGAAGCCAUCAGCCAUGUACCAAGAUCGGAGCCGGUCCCAGAACCCCUCUACAAUUCCGCGCACCAGAAGAAAACGGGGGGGGACGACGAUGUGUUCAUUAUCACACCCACUACCACACGCACCAUGAUUCCCACGCCCGACAAGAAAGCAUCUUCGCCAAAGCCGCAAGGGCUACGUCGUCCUGGUGGCACAAAUCACACCGUCACCGCAGAGGCUAUCCAAGCCGUCCGGGCAAAGGCUCAGAUAAUUUCCACGCCAUCGGGGUUGCGGCCCGGGCGACCCAACAUGAUGACCAAGCCAACAGGGCGCACCUUGACAACUUCGCAAACGUUUCCACUCCGCAGCAUCUCCGCCCAGCCGAAAGACCGAGACGACGAGGGUCAAGACGAAGAUCACGCGCAAGAUCGUACUCCAGAACGAGCACAGGGCACAGCGCCCAAUUCUAUCCGUGGCUUCAUCCGUACCACCGGGCUGGCAAGGCCUUCAGGGAUAGCCAGAUCACCCACAGAUAACAUUGCUACGAUCCUGCGCAACAGGACCGAGUCCCUCCGUACACGUGCCGAGUCUCUGCGGAAUGAUUCGGGGUCACCCCAGCGUGUGAACCAGCAGCAGUCGCCAAGUCCUCAACCAGCUCUUCCAUCCAGGGACAACUCAGAAUCAUCACGAUCGGCACGGUCCUUUCAGUCCACCAAGGACACCCCAACUGUCUCGGCAAACAAGCCUCCCUCGCCGCCAAAAAAGGUCACGACGGAAAACAAGCCAGAGGAAAACAAACAAUCUCCCUCACGACCACCCACACCAAGCAAGCUAAUAACGAAAAGAGUGACCUUAUCAGAGGAAUGUCCUUCGUUGGCAAACCCUGCCAAGCCCCCUAACAAGCCCACUACAUCAACCAAAAAGAUUUCUGUACUAGCAAAGCCGUCCAAGUUGGAUAAACUCUCCAAGAUCGCAAAACCAGCCGCUUCUGAAAAGCCUCCUUCUAAGGAAAAGAAACCUGAUACUUCGCAAAAAAAGGAAGAGCGGGUGAAAACCCUUCCUCGUCUCCGUACUUCUGGUAAAGUUUUGGAAAUUGCUGAGCUAGACGGGCUUCAGGUUGCGAGUCCCACCAAGGAGUCUCUUCAGUCGAGUAUCACAGACGUCUCUGCCGAUUUAGGUGACAUGCGCUCCCAAGACAACGCUGAUUCUGACGGCGAGGGACCCAACCCUUUGGCCCUUUCACUUCUCUUCAAUAUUCUUGUUGUUGCCGUCACCCAAGUGAAUAACGCUUUUCGGAUGGGCACCGGUAGCCCUUACGUCAAAUUUGUGGUCAAUAACACACUGAACAUGACCAGCCAUUGUUGGCGCGUCUCCAAAUGCAUCUACAUCGUGGUGUCACGCUACCAGGCCACAGGUGCCUGGCCCAAGCCUCGCAAUGAUCAGGCUAUCAGCCGGUUCAUGGUGGAGCUUCUUCAAGCCAUCGUGUAUCUCUUGAUUCUUGGGAUUUCUGCCAUACUGAUAGGCCGUACUGCCGGCUACGUCGUCCUCGUGUCCAGUUGGAUUAUAUGGUUUGCCAAGCCAUUUGCGUGGGCCUUCCAAUGUGUUGGCCGUGCCCUAAUAAUGUAA